CCAGAAAAGAAGGAAAAAACUCCAGAGCUCCCAGAACCAUCAGUGAAAGUAAAAGAACCUUCAGUACAAGAGGCCACUUCUACUAGUGACAUCCUGAAAGUUCCCAAACCUGAACCUGUACCAGAGCCUAAAGAACCUUCUCCAGAGAAGAAUUCCAAAAAAGAAAAGGAGAAGGAGAAGACCCGACCAAGAUCUCGGUCACGUUCCAAAUCAAGAUCCCGGACACGGUCUCGCUCUCCUUCUCAUACUCGACCUAGACGGCGUCAUAGAUCCCGAUCAAGAUCAUACUCCCCGAGAAGGCGGCCAAGCCCGAGAAGGCGGCCAUCUCCUCGAAGAAGAACUCCACCAAGACGAAUGCCACCUCCACCCAGGCAUAGAAGAAGUAGAUCUCCAGUGAGACGAAGAAGGCGUUCAUCAGCGUCCUUGUCUGGAAGUAGUUCGUCAUCUUCUUCGUCUCGUUCCCGGUCACCGCCAAAGAAGCCUCCUAAGAGGACAUCCAGCCCCCCUCGGAAAACUCGUAGGUUAUCUCCUUCAGCAAGUCCUCCGAGGCGAAGGCAUAGGCCAUCACCUCCAGCAACUCCACCGCCAAAAACUCGUCAUUCCCCAACACCCCAACAGUCAAACCGUACAAGAAAAAGUCGUGUUUCUGUCUCUCCAGGGAGAACUUCAGGUAAAGUGACAAAACACAAAGGUACUGAGAAAAGAGAGUCCCCUUCACCAGCACCUAAGCCUAGAAAAGUAGAGUUAUCUGAAUCGGAAGAAGAUAAAGGUGGCAAAAUGGCUGCAGCAGAUUCUGUGCAGCAGAGACGUCAGUACAGACGACAGAACCAGCAGUCUUCAUCUGAUUCUGGCUCCUCUUCUUCCUCAGAAGAUGAGCGACCCAAAAGGUCCCAUGUGAAGAAUGGUGAGGUAGGCAGGCGGCGGAGACAUUCCCCUUCCCGGAGUGCCUCUCCAUCACCUCGAAAGCGCCAGAAAGAGACUUCCCCUCGUGGUAGACGGAGGAGGACCCCCUCCCCACCACCCACCAGAAGGCGCCGUUCUCCUUCUCCUGCCCCUCCUCCUCGAAGGCGCAGGUCUCCCACACCGCCACCUCGACGAAGGACUCCUUCUCCUCCCCCCCGGCGCCGCUCACCUUCCCCAAGAAGAUACUCUCCUCCAAUACAGAGGAGAUACUCUCCUUCUCCGCCUCCAAAGAGAAGAACGGCUUCUCCACCUCCCCCUCCUAAACGUAGGGCAUCGCCAUCUCCACCACCAAAGCGCCGGGUCUCCCAUUCUCCACCUCCCAAACAAAGAAGCUCCCCGGUCACCAAGAGACGUUCGCCUUCGUUAUCAUCAAAGCAUAGGAAAGGGUCUUCCCCGAGCCGAUCUACCCGGGAGCCCCGGUCACCACAACCAAACAAACGGCAUUCGCCCUCACCACGGCCUCGAGCUCCUCAGACCUCCUCAAGUCCUCCACCUGUUCGAAGAGGAGCAUCAUCAUCACCCCAAAGAAGGCAGUCCCCAUCUCCAAGUACUAGGCCCAUUAGGAGAGUCUCCAGGACUCCGGAACCCAAAAAGACAAAGAAGGCUGCCUCACCAAGCCCUCAGUCUGUAAGGAGGGUUUCAUCCUCCCGAUCUGUCUCAGGAUCUCCUGAGCCGGCAGUUAAAAAACCCCCAGCACCUCAGUCUCCUGUCCAGUCUCAGUCACCCUCUACCAACUGGUCACCAGCGGUACCGGUCAAAAAGGCUAAAAGCCCGACACCAAGCCCAUCUCCGGCAAGGAACUCAGACCCAGAAGGAGGUGGAAAGAAAAAGAAGAAAAAGAAGGACAAGAAACACAAAAAGGAUAAGAAGCACAAGAAGCACAAAAAACACAAGAAGGAAAAGGCCGUGGCUGCAGCCGCUGCGGCUGCUGUAACCCCUGCAGCCAUUGCUGCUCCCACAACCACAUCAGCACAGGAGGAACCAGAAGCGGAGCCCGAGCCUAAGAAGGAGACCGAAAGCGAGCCCGAAGACAACCUCGAUGACUUAGAAAAGCACCUGCGUGAAAAGGCGCUGAGGUCGAUGCGGAAGGCUCAAGUGUCCCCACAGUCUUAGGUGGGAAUGUGUGUUACGAUGUACAUUUUAUUUGGUUUGUACGCAAUUCAAUUUCAAAAUUGCUAAAAUGUGUUUGAGCUUUAGACUAUAACAUUUGUUGUAAUAAUUGCUAGGUUGAAGUUCACCAUGUAAAAAAAAAAGGGCAUGGAUUUACAUUGCAAAAGGUGUCCACAGUGUAUUAGUGACAUUCUUUCAUUGACAGCUGACAUAAAUUUCAUUUAGAGUGAAAUAUUUUAAGCCAAAAAAAAUCCCCUUUUUAAAAAAGGGGGUUUCAAUAUUGUUGGCAUUCUUAUGGUUUCUUUAAAGGCCUUGGCUAUUCCCAGAGGUUUUCCUUUCUUUUCGGUUUUUUGUUUUUUUCCCCUUUAUUUUUUCUCAUUUGAGUCUUAGCACCCAUUUAAGUUAUGAUGCUUCCAACCUUGUAUGGUUUGCAAGCUAGCCCAGAAAUAAGACCACUGUUGAACUACCACAAAAGUAUAAAUGAACAUUUCGAUGCCACAAUCUUUCCUGUUGCCUGUGGAGUCUCUGCUGAAAUGAAUCCAGAUUCGAGCUCUAGGAUGAGACGGAAAAUGAAAGCAUGUUGUUUGCCAGGACACUGUGGGUUUAUAUGGAUGUGUAACAAGUUGAUUUGGAACACUGGAAUUUCAUUCUAUUCUGUUGUGUUUUUUUUGUAAAGGCAAUUAACUAGUCCCAGGAAGGAUCCUUCAGUUCUAUAAAAGUUUGUUUUAUGAAAUGUCACGGCUCCAUUCAUAAUUUUGUCUUGUUCUUCCAACUGGUAUAUACAACUUUCAGAGCUCUCUCAUAUUUGGAAGGCUGGAAGGGCCCAGACUUUGAAAUAGUGUCUUGUUUUCACUGUUUUUGUUUUGUUUUUUUGUUUUUUUUUUUUUAAACUAAAGCUAUAUAAAGCUUGUGGAUUAAACAGAAUAAAUUUCUAAAUUUAAAAAC